CGCUUAGGAUCUUUAACACCUGCGAGGGCCACAGCGAAGGCAGCAGCUGCAGCCGCUACUGGUCCUGUAGCCCAGGUGCUCCGCGUCUCAAAGGGCCACAGCGACGAUGACAGCUGACAAGGAAAAGAAAAGGAGUAGCUCGGAGAGGAGGAAGGAGAAGUCCCGGGAUGCUGCCCGGUGCCGGCGGAGCAAGGAGACAGAGGUCUUCUACGAGCUGGCCCACGAGCUGCCCCUGCCCCACAGCGUGAGCUCCCACCUGGACAAGGCCUCCAUCAUGCGGCUGGCCAUCAGCUUCCUGCGCACACACAAGCUCCUGUCCUCAGUUUGCUCUGAAAAUGAAUCUGAAGCAGAAGCUGACCAGCAGAUGGACAACUUGUACCUGAAAGCCUUGGAGGGUUUCAUUGCCGUAGUGACCCAGGAUGGCGACAUGAUCUUUCUGUCGGAAAACAUCAGCAAGUUCAUGGGACUCACACAGGUGGAGCUAACAGGACACAGCAUCUUUGACUUCACUCACCCCUGUGACCAUGAGGAGAUCCGUGAGAACCUCAGCCUCAAAAAUGGCUCUGGUUUUGGGAAGAAAAGCAAAGACAUGUCCACCGAGCGGGACUUCUUCAUGAGGAUGAAGUGCACCGUCACCAACAGAGGCCGCACCGUCAACCUCAAGUCAGCCACCUGGAAGGUCCUGCACUGCACGGGCCAGGUGAAGGUCUACAACAACUGCCCCCCUCACAGCAGUCUCUGCGGCUGCAAGGAGCCGCUGCUGUCCUGCCUCAUCAUCAUGUGCGAGCCCAUCCAGCACCCGUCCCACAUGGACAUCCCCCUGGACAGCAAGACCUUCCUGAGCCGCCACAGCAUGGACAUGAAGACCUACUGCGACGACAGAAUCACAGAACUGAUUGGUUACCACCCCGAGGAGCUGCUCGGCCGCUCAGCAUAUGAGUUCUACCAUGCCCUGGACUCGGAGAACAUGACCAAAAGUCACCAGAACUUGUGCACCAAAGGGCAGGUGGUCAGCGGCCAGUACCGGAUGCUUGCGAAGCACGGGGGCUACGUGUGGCUGGAGACGCAGGGGACGGUCAUCUACAACCCCCGCAACCUGCAGCCUCAGUGCAUCAUGUGUGUCAACUACGUCCUGAGUGAGAUUGAGAAGAACGACGUGGUAUUCUCCAUGGACCAGACAGAGUCCCCGUUCAAGCCGCACCUGAUGGCCAUGAAUAGCAUCUUUGACAACAGUGGCAAGGUGCCUGUGUCGGAGAAGAGCAACUUCCUGUUCACCAAGCUGAAGGAGGAACCCGAGGAGCUGGCCCAGCUGGCCCCCACCGCGGGAGACACCAUCAUUUCUCUGGAUUUCGGAAACCCGACCUUCGAGGAGUCCUCAGCCUAUGGCAAGGCCAUCCUGCCCCCAGGCCAGCAGUGGGCUGGAGAGUUGAGAAGCCAUGGAGCCCACAGCGAGGCCGGGAGCCUGCCUGCCUUCACUGUGCCCCAGGCAGCCGCUCCGGGGAGCACCACUCCCAGUGCCACCAGCAGCAGCAGUUGUUCCACGCCCAGCAGCCCUGGAGACUAUUACACAUCUCUGAGUGAUGACCUGAAGAUUGAAGCGAUCGAAAAGCUCUUCGCCAUGGAUACAGAGGCAAAGGACCAGUGCAGCACCCAGACGGACUUCAAUGAGCUGGACCUGGAGACCCUGGCGCCCUACAUCCCCAUGGACGGGGAAGACUUCCAGCUCAGUCCCAUCUGUCCCGAGGAGAGCCUGCUGCCGGAGAACCCGCAGCCCACCCCCCAGCACUGCUUCAGCACCAUGACAAACAUCUUCCAGCCACUGGCCCCCGGGGCCUCCCACAGCCCCUUCCUCCUGGACAAGUAUCAGCAGCAGCUGGAAAGCAAGAAGAUGGAGUCUGAGCAGCGGCCCGUGUCCCUCAUCUUCUUUGACAGCGGGAGCAAGGUGUCCCUGCCACCGUGCUGUGGUCAGACGUGCACCCCUCUCUCCUCCAUGGGGGGCAGAUCCAACACACAGUGGCCCCCUGACCCACCGUUACAUCUGGGCCCCACGAAGUGGCCUGUUGAAGAUCAGCACACGGAGCCCUUGGGGACAUCGCCACUGGGGCCCCCCAUCGCCACGCCCCAUCUCUCCAUGUUCAAGAAGAGGUCUGCAAAGGGCUUCGGACCUCAGGGCCCAGACGUGAUGAGCCCGGCCAUGGUCGCCCUGUCCAACAAGCUGAAGCUGAAGCGUCAGUUGGAGUAUGAGGAGGAGCAAGCCUUCCAGGACAUGAGCGGGGGGGACCCACCAGGCAGCAGUGCAUCACAGUUGAUGUGGAAAAGGAUGAAGAGUCUCAGGAGCAGUGGGAACUGCCCUCUGAUGCCGGACAAGCUGCUGAGUGCAAACAUCCCCACUGACAAGUUCAUCCAAACUCCCAUGAGGGGCCUGAGCCAGCCGCUGAGACACUUAGCACCGCCCCAGCCGCCGUCUGCCGUGAGCCCCAGGGAGGACGCCAAGGGCAGCUUCCCCCCGCAGUGUUACGCCCCCCAGUACCAGGACUACAGCCUCCCCGCAGCUCACAAGGUGUCAGGCAUGGCAAGCCGGCUGCUCAGACCCUCGUUUGAGGCCUACCUGCUGCCCGAACUGACCCGAUAUGACUGUGAGGUGAACGUUCCUGUCCCGGGAAGCUCCACGCUCCUACAAGGAGGGGACCUCCUCAGAGCCCUGGACCAAGCCACCUGAGCCAGGGCCGCCACCGGGAGCACCCUUCCCACGCCGUCCCACCAGCUUCACAUUUUCUGUCUGUUUUUUGCAACUAGGUAAUUCUAACACCAACACACUUUUUACAAGAUAUACUUACCUGGCACACUUGCCCAG